AGAACCGCCCCGAGGGCCCGCGGGGCCGGGAGUUCAUUACAGGAGACACGAACUUCUUACCCUGCAGUCGGGCCGCCGUUUCCGGGGACGCGGGAGCAGUGUUUGUGACCUGAACCCUACGUAGGCGGCGAUGUCGGAACAAGAGCAAAUACAGGAAUGCCUGCGGAAAGAAAUAAGGUCUCUUCUCAUUUCCACCAAAGAUGGCUUGACCCCCCAGCAGUUGGAAAAGGAGUAUCUUUCAAUGGUUGGCAACCAUCUCCCACUGCGCGUCCUUGGCUACGGGUCCACCAUGGAGCUGAUUCUGGACAUGCCUGAUGUUGUGAGCGUCUGCCGGUCUGGGGAGGGGGCUGUUAUCCUAAAAGCUAUUCCAGAUGAAUCCACCAGAGGAAUCGCAAGUUUGGUGGCGAAGCAGAGGAGCAACCACAAGGUCCGAAACUCUGUGCCGAAGGGAAGGACCAGUGUUUGCCCUGGGCCGAGCUCUCGGGCCCAAAUCCCUUACCGAGGACGAGUACCCCCUAUCCUGCCCGCUGUUGUGAAGAGCGAGUUGAAAGAUCUCUUGGCGUUAUCUCCAGUUCUUCUUUCUGAUUUUGAAAAGGCUUUUGCCAAACGAUUUGGACGCUCAUUCCAGUAUGUGCAAUAUGGAUUUCUCUCGAUGUUUGAAGUGCUGAAUGCAGCUUCAGAUGUCAUUUCUGUAGAGCAAACCAGGGCAGGUUCUUUGCUGACGCUGAAGAAGAGCGGAGCAGAGGAGAAGCAGGGAGUGUGGCCAACAGGUACGAAUUUUACCCAGCCAUUCAGAGCAAAACAGGGGUCAUUCUCUGCAGGUGCUCCCAUAUCGAGGGUGCACUUUUCACAGCCCAUGCCAAACAUGGAGCUACCAAAGCCAGUGCUACAUGUGGAAAAAGCUUCCAGAUCCCAUGCCACUGAGACUGCAAGGCUGAACCACACCGAAAAGUUAAAUCAGUUGGAGAAUACAUUCAAAUCAGUUAUUGCCCAACUUGGACCUGGAGGAACUAUCAAUCCAGAUAUAAAAGAGAAGAUAAAGUUUGUUGUCUCCAAGUCUCCAGGGGGCUUGCUUAUUUCUAGACUGCUUGGAGAGUUUGAGGAAAUUUUUAAAGAGCAGCUUUCACCAAAAAAAUUAGGCUUCUUAAAUGUGACAGAACUUGUUGGAGCUCUUAGUGACGUCCUCCGUGUUGAGUUCAGAGAAGGGGAACAAGACUUAGUAGUGUUCUGUGCUGAUCGGAACUCCUUACCGCCUGAUGGAGCUGUUUCAUCAGUCAGGAAUUCAUAUUUAGUUCAACCAGAUAAGAAAAUAGAAGUCAAAGCAAAUCCCUCUAGAAAUGCACUGUCUAUUGCAACUGUCAAGGAGACCGCUUGGAAUAGUCCUUCAAAAAACCUUAAAGAACCGGAACAGAAGAUCUAUAAGAAACCUAAUCUCAUGGUAAAGCCUUUACAGCUGCAAGCAGGAAUAAACAAGCCACAGCUCAACUUGGCAGUGGGGAAUCAUGAUAUCCCCCCAGAUGCUGUACGGGACAAGAAAUUAUGCAGACCUCCACCUCUAGAUACCAGUACCCUCGUGGGGGUCUUUGUAGAGUACAUCAUCUCUCCUAGUCAAUUCUACAUCCGAAUCUAUAGCAGGGAUUCCUCAGAAUUACUCGAGGAUAUGAUGAUUGAGAUGCGGCGCUGUUACUCUAAUCAGCUGGUUUCUGAUCGCUAUGUUAUGCCAGAAUAUUUUAUUCAAACUAAUGCUCGCUUAGUUUCAUGUUGCUACACAAAGCUUCCAGCACAGGCUAUCCCUUGUUCUUUGGCUUGGGUGAGACCAACAGAGGAAUAUUGGACACCGAAAGCUGUUUUGCAGUUCCAGAAGUUGUGUGGUUUGAAGCCAUUAGUGGGGGUAGUAGAUGAAUACAUAGAUGGAAUCCUUAACCUUUUUCUGUGUGACACAUCCUCAAAUGAAGAUGUCUACUUCCAUCACGUCUUGAGAACGGAGGGCUAUGCGAUUGUAUGCCGAGAAAAUGUUCCUUCUAAGGGUUUCCGAGAGCUCAACCCUUUAGCCUUGUACACGGAGUCCAGCCCAGGCUCAGAGGACGUCGUCUUGGCAGAGCUGAACUGUCCCUCACAGCCACACUAUUUUAAUGAAGACCGAGAGAUAAGCCCACCAUCAAAAGAGAGUGAACCAUAUUCACUGGAUGAGAUUCCUACUGGAAUGCCAUGCCUGGAGUCGGUGACCAUAGGUGAUGAUAUUUGGGAUGAGAACUGGGAAAUGGGAAAAGGAAGCAGUGCUGCCUCCAAUCUGUUUGCCUCAAGCAUGGGAGGAAAGAAACAGUAUCCUUCAAGUAAAGACAUUUCGCAGAAGCAACCAACCUUAAAGGAGUCUUUGGAUUCUUCCACACUGCCCAAGUCAUUGGAGCAGCUGUACAUCUCUCUGAUCCACUCCCAGCAGUCAACAGAAGGGGGCAUUCAGAAUCAGCCAAAGCAAACCCAGAUCCCCACAGCACCCAGUUCAACUGCUACAGUGGUUGAUUCCCCAGAAAAGCAUUCUGGCUCAGUGGGCAGCUCUCCAGGAAGCCUAGAGAAUGAAGAUUUUGCCAGUAGCCAUGCUAUUACACUGUUCAACGACAGGAGUCAAGGAACCAUGGACCAGAUCUCCUUGAUUUUGUCUUCAGAGAACCAGAUUUCUCAGAAGUUCUACAUCCCUCGGAGUACAGCCACUGCUGCCUUAGGAGCUGCUGCCCGACUGGCCACCUCCAGGAGCUUCUUACACUGGUACCCCAGUAUGAAAAGGAUGGAAGCAUGAGGUGAACGAGGGGAGAGGAGGAGAAAAAGAAGAAGAAGAAGAAGAAGGCGGUUUUGGACUUGGUGAUUUCCAGGCCAAAAUAAGGAAGCACUCAGGCAAAAUAGUAUUUCUGAUAGUUGAGGCUUUUUUUCUUUUUCUGUGACGAUGUCUUAGCUUUAUUAUGCUAAGAGUACAUUUUGAUGUGUAAGUAUAGCUAUUGUUACUUUUCAUGUUCAGUUAUGUUUCCUAUUCUGUAUCAUUUUAUUCACCUUUGUGUUUAACGUAGAGGUUUGAAGUUUUGUUUCUGUGGUGGUUGUGUUUCUGUAAUGUUUUUCUUAUAUAUAUAUUUAUCAUGACGGAUAAAUGAAAAUUUAAAAACUAA